GUUGUCAUCAGUCACAGCUGCAUCUCAUUGGUUAAUCUGGCAGGCCCCGCCCCUCAGCGGAAGCGCGGUACAACUCGUUUUUUCGGUGGAGACGGAAACGUUUCGGUGUGAUGGAGGUGCAGGUGGACAUCCUGGAGUUCCAGGUUCCUGUGGAAAACAAUAAAACUCUGUUUGUGUGGGACAUCCAGCCAUCACACACACAGGCUGAUAUCUAUAACAGCCUGCAUAGCGUCUUCUCCUCCUUUGGUCCUCUAUACCUGGUGAAGGUUUGUCCCAACGCUCCUCUGAGCCCCGCUGGAUUCUACGCUCUCAUCAAGUUCUACUCUGCUGCUCAGGCCUCAAAGGCUCAACGGCAGACUGACGGACGCUCACUCUUCCAGAGCUCUCCACUCAAGGUGAGGCUGAGCUCCAAACAGACGCCUCACUUCCUGUCUGAUGGCAGCAGGCCGCUGAGCCACGCCCGCUGCCUGGAACUGGCCAAUCACUGCCUGGGAUUCACCGGAUGGACCUCUGACAUCAUCACACUGAAGGAGCUUACCAACGAUGAAGAAGAGGAGAAGGAGGGAGAGGAGGAUGGCGGGGUCAGACGGAGGCUGAGGUUCGGCUGUCUGCUGCAGCUCUGCUUCCCUCAUCACAGACAGACGACCAGAGGAGCCGCUGUGGUGGAGGACAGCUUCACCUGUACAGGUCCAGAUGUCCUCAUACAGAAACGAUGUAAACUGCAGAGGCUCGUGAGAGAGAAAGCUCUGGUUCAGGCCUUCACUACAGUACUGCUCAUACUACUAGGUGAUGGUAAAGUGAUGGUGGAGGUGAAACAGACCUCAGAUCAGUUCUUACCUGAGCAGACUGAAGGAGUCCUGCAGGUAAACAAGCUGAGCUGGACUGACUGUCCUCCUGAUGAGGAUGAAGAUGAAGAGUGGGAUCUGACUGUGUCAUAGACGUCCAGAGGAUUGUGGGUAGAACUGUGUUGCAUCGUAGGAAUCAUCAGAGAGCAUUAUAUUGACUUUUAAUUUAUUCAAUAAAUUGCUUUGUUAUUGUGAA